AUGGAGGAACCCAGAAUGUUUGUAGAAAUGAGUUAUGGGAUUCAGUUGGCACAGUUCUACCAGGAAGAAGAAGCUGUCCGAUUUGAAUUCUGUUGGUCAGCAUUGCACCAGACGAAGAUGCGAGAGAGGCCGAGUCAUCGUGAGGAAGGGUACUCUGGAAGAGGAAGCCGGGGAGGGAGUGGAAGAUAUUUUGGCAGUGAGUCUCGUUCUCGCAAACGCAGUCAUCCAUCCUCCGAUUCUGAAGAGGAUGGCUCUUUUGGGAGGAAGGCUGAGAAGGGAAGUGAUAAGGGAGAAUCUGAUGAUGAAAGUGGAGCUGCUAAGAAGAAAGAGAAGAAGCAGAAGAAACAGAAGAAAGACAAGAAAGAGAAGAAAGAGAAGAAGGAGAAAAAGGAGAAGAAAGAGAUUGAUGCUUCUAGGCGUGCAGAAGAAGGCAACCAAAGUGAUAACCAUGACAAGAAGGACUCUUCCCGAGAUGAAGCUUCUGGUCGAGACAAGGUUUCAGACGAUGGUAAAUCUCAGGUGGACACAGGACCUGAGAAACAUGAGGGCAGCCCUUUUGGAACAGACCAUUCUACUAAGUCUGAGAAGCCUCCUGCUGGAGAGGAGGGAGAGCAUUCUGAGAAAGAGAGGAGGGAUGAGAGUGAGGAGCCCAAAGAAAAGGUAACAUCUGAAUCCAGAGAGGCAAGGGAGGAGGAGGAAGACGAGGAUGAAGAAGAAGACGAGGAUGACGAGGAUGAGGAAGAGGAAGAUGAUGAGGAGGGGAAAGACAAGAGAGACAAGGAGAAGGGAAAGGAAAAAGAGAAGAAGAAGAAGUGGGAUUUUUCUGAGCCAUAUGAUGUGUACUUCUGUCAUAUGUGCCACACCAAAAUGUUCUCCACACGAGCUCUCUUGCAACAUUGUCGCACAUCAUAUCAUGCUGAUCAUCUGAGGCAGAUGAAUUUCCGAAUCAGGCGUCAGCUGGCUCUUAUGCGUCAGAAAGUUGAGGCAGAGGAGAAGCUGCGACAUUUCUCUCAUUCCUCUCGUCAUGAACCACAGCAAUUUUGCACCACUUGCAAGGUGUUGUUCACAGGGUCCAUAGCUACACACAAAGCUUCCACCAGUCACAGGGACAUUGUCACCUUCAUGCAUCCCUCGUGUGGCAUAUGCCAAAGAACCUUUGUCACUCGCAUUGAAUACGAGAAGCAUCGACUGUCCCUCAGCCAUUACCGAUUGAAGAGAGAGAAAGAAGAGAGAGACAAGAGCAGAGGUGGAGAGGGUGAGCCCGGUGAUGAUGAAAUCUCUCAGCUAAACAUGGAGGAAAUGUUAACUGUGGACGCAGUUGGGGAGUAUGAGGGUGAAUCAGAUGGUGAUAUGAAGAGAGAUGAGGAUGAGGAAGAUGGAAAUGGAGAAGGAGGAAGUAGGAGGAGGGAGGAAGAGAGGAGAGAAGGCAAGAAGCACUCCGAGCACUUAGGAGAUGAGGAUGAGGCAUGGAACUUCCCAGAGAAAUUCAAUCCUGACAUUCCUGUUGGACAAGUGUGCAUUAAUCAAGUUGUUGGCUGGUUCUGUCGCAUCUGCACCAUGUUCUUCCGAGAUGAGCAGAAGGCCUUGUCUGAGCACUGUCGUUCAGAGAAACACUAUGUCAACUUUGUUUCAUAUGCCAAAAAGAAAAAGGAACAUGUUCGAAUGAAAGCCAAGCAAAUGGAGAAAGAUUCCGACGAACAGUCGCGACCAGCUCAAGGAGGAAAGAAGCGAACUGUGGAAGAAGUAGAAAGUUAUGUGGCUGAUUCUGGGAAUUGGAAGAGGAAGAAGAGAGAGCAGGAUAGGGAGCGUGAGGAUGAGGAUGUUGAGGAUGAAGAGGAUGAAGAAGAAGAGGACAGACAAGAAGAAGAUGAAGAAGGGAACCAUGGACCUGACAUUGAUGCUGAUGGGAUCACAUGCACCAAACAUACUAGUGUGCACCUCCAAAAGAUGGAGACGGAGGACGAAAGGAUUCUCCACAUACCACUCCCCACGCGUCACGAAGACGAUGCGAGUAUCUCCGUGAGCCUGCUGACGAGCGUAGAAAACGCCAGGGAGCUGAAGCAGCUCGUCACGAGCGGAAAGCUCCGAGCGACCCUCCUCAAGCCACAGCUGGUUCCGGGCUUGCUUCCGGUGGUGGCGGCCGCCACGAAGGCUUGGAUCGCCUCCAAGAGCGGGAAGAUGGUCACGCGGAACCUCUGCUCGGAGCUCAUUCUUUCCUUGUCGCCUUCGAAAAAUAUCAGAGAUUCCCUCGUGAAGUUCGGGAUCGGGGACGAGGACGACAAGGUACUUCUGGUGGCGUUUCGCGACGUGAACGGGCCUUCGAUGGAGAAGAUGAUCGGUGAAAUCGUGAAGGGCACUCCAGAAGGCCUCCCUUCCUCCCUUCACCGCCUUUGUGAUCAUGAGAUGAUCUCCAAAAUGUACAAAAUCCGAGAGCACGAAUUAGAAGGGAGUUCCAUCGAGGAUUGUGUCGUUUCGCGUGUCGCUUCCAAAGAAUUUGUGACUGUUUGAUCGAGU